CUUCGAGAACUAUGAAAGCUAUCAUCCAAAAGAUACAAAUGUUUAUUAACAGUUGUCUACGCAAAAUACUUCGGAUCCGUUGGCCAGACACUAUAAGCAACAACCUACUGUGGGACAGAACGAACCAGAUUACAAUGGAGGAAGAAAUCAGGAAGAAGCGCUGGAACUGGAUAGGACACACAUUGAGGAAAACACCUAACUGCGUCACAAGACAAGCCCUCACCCGGAAUCCUCAUGACCAUAGGAGAAGAGGAAGGCUAAAGAACACAUUACGCCGAGAAAUGGAGGUAGACAUGAGAAGAAUGAAUAAUUGGAUAGAAGUAGAAAGAAAGGCCCAGGACAGAGUAGGUUAGAGAAUGGUUGUCGGCUGCGUAUGCUCCACUGGGAGUAACAGGCGUAAAUAAGUAAGUGAACAUAUGUCUAUAGAAGGAUUGAAAAGAUCGCAUCAUAAAGUGAUUCGAAACUCCAAAUAUGAAGUGAGGUUGUGUAAUAAUCAGGGGGUUAGAAAAGAGUAGAAGAAUUAUGAAAGACAAUUGUCCUCUCUGCAGAUGUGAAGAAAAAAUUAAAAAAAAAACAUAAGGGCCAUAAUAAUAACUGAAUAAUCAUAGAAAAUUGUUAAAGGAUAGUAAUAAAUGAUUACGGUUUACAAUUGCAAAACGCUAAUUAAAAAACAUACCAUAAAAUAGAAUUAGGCCCAAAGAAGAAUGAGAGGUUGGACGCAUCCUUUUAUAGACAUAUAUUUACUAAUAAACAACUGCAAAUACGAAUGUACAGCCUAAGCAAAUGAUUUCGUCGAAAAGAAAAUUUCCUUCUCUGAAUUCUCUUUAUUUUUACUUGUUUAUAUUUUUUUUUGCUGUUCUCUUUAUUUUUCUCAUCUAUUAUUUUCAUUCUAGUCUGCUUCGUCACUGUUUGAUAUGUUACUGCAUUAUGAAAGUUGUACAGAUCUAAGUAUAAGUUUAAAUUUAAACAAAACUCUUCCUAGUCAAGCUUGGAGUCGUUGUGUUAAUUUCAUGCGAAAGUCGUCUGCUCUACGUCGAUUCACACUGAGUCAUACUCCAUUACGCUUAGAAAAUUUUCAUGGUCUAAGUUUUUAUGGUCUAUGCUUGGAACGUUUACAUUUUAUUGAUUGUAAUUUAACCGGUCAAGCAUUAUAUGGACUUACGCAAUGGUUGUACAUCCUUUUGAGUUCAACAAGUUUAUAUCCACCAACACGAGACAGAUCAUAUAAUUCAAGUAGAGGACAUAAAUUUCGUGGUUGGAGACAUCGUAGACACUGUUCUACUACUUCAGCAUUAAAUUUAUCAAAUAUAAGUACUACCAACACUAAUAAUACUAACACUACCACUAUUAAUGAUACUAAACCUUCUAUUUGGGAAUUAAAAUUAGGUUUAAUGAAUAAUAAAUUGACUUCUUCAGAUGUUGAAGCAAUACUACCACUAAUUCGUCAUCAGUUAUUUAUUCCAAAAAUGUCGGGACCUGAAGCUGUUAAAUUUGAAGGUCAUAAUAAUAACAAUAAUAGUAAUAAUAAUAUAAAUGAAAUGAGUUCAUCAGAUGUCCUCUUAAACAAUAGUUCACAUACGAAAUGUACACAACUGAAAAAAUCCAACUCAUCGUCGUCAUCAUCGUGUGAUUUUCUUCCAGUUGGAGGGAUUGGUUAUUUAUUGGAGUUAAAUUUGUCUCAUAAUAACAUUGGUGAUGAUGGUUUAGGUAUAUUGUGUACUGGACUGCUUCAAUCUUAUCGAAAUCGUUUACGUGAACGUUUCUCUACGUUGAAUGAUCAAGAAAUUCUUAAACUAACUACUAUGUCAUCAUUACCAUCAACAGAAAAAAAUUCCGACUCAAAUCUUAAUAGCUGCUGUACACAAUCAAUACCGAUGAAAAUUUGCAGCUUAGAACGUCUUUAUCUUGUAGACAAUAAUUUAAGCAUAGAUGGUAUGCAAUCAUUGGCUAUUGUAUUAAUGCAAACACCAAAAUCACUAAUCUCUUUGGUUGGCGGUUUAAUUAGUUUAGAUUUAAGUAACAAUGUAAAUAUUGGCGAUAAAGGUGUUGAAAUAUUGUGUGAAGGUUUAAUUAGAAACUAUAGUUUAAAAGAAUUAUAUCUUCGUUCCAUUAAUAUGUCUUUUUCAGGAAUUUUCGCUUUAUCCAGUUUUCUCAGUGAAUCAAAGUGUCUAAAGUAUUUGGAUAUACGCAACAAUAAUUUAGAUAUAGCCUCUGUAAUGGCUUUAUCAAAAACUUUAUUUAUUAACAAAACAUUAACAAGUCUGGUUUCAGACGCACAUCGUUGGGCGAACUCUCAGCUGGAUCUAUCUGAUAAAGAUAAAGAUUUAAUUAGAUCUCUCAUUGAAAGCAUCGAUUCAAAUCUUAGAAGAAAUCGUUUAGAUACAGAACUAGUUGAUAAUAUUAAUAAUGUCUCGAAUAUUAAUUGUGAUACAAUCACACCAACUGACGUUGUCAAUGAAGAGAAUUCGUUGGGACAAUCUGAAUUAAUGAAUACCAGCUCAGUGAUACAGUGUAAUGAUAAUUCACUAACUAAUUGUAAUAUAAUAAAUGGUGAGAUGUCAUUGGACACAGCAAAUUGUACAUCGAAUACAUCAGUGAUACGAAGUUAUGAAUGUGAUGUUGAUAAUAAUAACAACAUUAAUAAUGAUUGUGGUCCUGAUGAUAAUAGUAUUGCUGAUCUCCAGUUAGAUAAUUCGUUAAAUACAACGAUCGAACAACUUGAUAUUGAUAGUAACGUCGAGGUUUUGGGUGAUUUAAACUGCACAGUAAUCUCUAGUAAUCCGAUUAAUGAGAUAUUCACUGAUUGUAUAUUGGAUAAUCAAACAAUUAAUAAAGAUGGUAAAUUUAUCAAUAAUAAUAAUAAUAAUAAUAAUAAUCAGAAUUUUGCAAUAAUGGAAAAACGAAGUAAGGAAGAAAAGAAAACAAUAGUGGUAGAAGGACAACAACGACCACCUUUACUUCAACAUUUAUCCGAUUCAUUUAUGCCUAUCGAAAAUCUCUCUUCUUCAUCUAACUUAUUCCAAAAUGUAAAUAUACCAUCUAUCAAGGAUGAUAAGUUAUUAAAUUGUAAUACCGAAUUAGAUCCAAUUCAGUCAUCUGUAAAUGUAUUUGACAAAUCAAAUUCACUGAUUACAAUCAGUCAAAAUAAUCAUAAUCAUAUAAAUAAUGAUGUAAUCAGUAAAGAAAUAUUAUAAAACAGAGAUAAGAAAAAAUCCAAAUGAAUUCCUCACCGUAAUAAAGAUAUGCCUUCAUCAUAAAAUCUGUCAAAAAUCAAUAUCAAUGGUGUUUGACAUCACAGUAAUAAAAGUAAUAAUAGUAGUAUGAUUUUGUUGUCCAGUAUUUUUUCCCUUAAUAUUUACUUAAAAAACAAAAUUAAUAACUGUGAUUUUCUUAUUCUGCUGUUCGGAAUCCGUUCAAUUCUCGAAUUCUAUGAUAUAUAUAUAUAUAUAUAUAUAUAUAUAUAUAUAUAUAUA